AUGAAGAACAUGGUGUCGUGGUUUCGAAAGAAUCUUCUUCUGGUGAUGACAAUCGGGUCUGUGGUAGCCGGCGCAUUCCUUGGAUUUGCGAUUCGGCCCCUGAACCUUUCACCACAGACUGUGAUGUUGGUGAGUUUUCCCGGAGAGCUGUUAAUGCGAAUGUUGAAGAUGAUGAUUCUACCGCUCAUUAUUAGUUCUCUCAUCUCAGGGGAUGGACUCCCUAUUUCUGCUGAGCCAGGACUGACUCAUGACAUCCUUGUAUCUCGCACGUCGGACCGACCAAAAGCCUGCAAUCAAGUGACUGGGAGGCCUACCAUCAACUGGGAUCUCUUCGCUACGCUAGCCGGCUUUUGGGAAGAUUCUGUAAUGGACAACAUCGACGAGGAAUAUGACCGGCUUGUCGAACACCUUCACGACUCCGCGAAGAAGGCUGAGAGUUUUAAAACCACCAAGAGGCGUCUGUCUCUUGAAACUCUUGAGCUGAUACGCCAGCGUGGGGCAGCACAAGCCGCAGGGAACCAAGAACUCACGUCCGAGCUCGCAAGACCUUGCAGAGAGGCGAUAAAGGAAAACCUUAAAGAGAGAAGAGCAGAAGUGCUGGCUGAAGCUGCAGAGGCGGGAAAAAGCAUCCGCUAUACCCGUGGAGACUUCGCCAGUCGCAAGACAAAGAUGACUGCUCUCCGGAACCCAAAGGGAACAGCCAUUGCAUCGAGAAGGGGGAUGGAGAAAAUCAUCUACGACUUCUACUCUGAUCUCUUCGACAGCCAUGUCAACUUGCCUCCUCACCAUCUGAGGGAAGAUGGACAAGUCAUUCCAGAGGUUCUCCCGUCCGAAAUACGACAUGCCAUCAUGUCGGAAUGCAAGGUUCCUAAACAGUGGAAGACCAGCAAGACCGUGUUGUUGUAUAAAAAGGGAGAUCCACAUGACAUCGGCAACUAUCGUCCAAUCUGCCUACUGUCCGUCAUCUACAAGCUCUUUACAAGAGUGAUCCUUAACAGGAUUGAAAAAGCCCUGGAUGAAGGACAGCCAUGCGAGCAAGCAGGGUUUUGA